CGCCGCCAUUUUGCCCGCCCCCCCACUUUCCCCGUCCCCGUUUCAUUCUCCCGUCAUGGCGCUGGUCUCGGCGGAUUCCCGCAUCGCGGAGCUGCUGGGGGAGCUGCACCAGCUCAUUAAACAGACGCAGGAGGAACGCUCCCGCAGCGAGCACAACCUGGUGAACAUCCAGAAGACUCACGAACGGAUGCAGACAGAAAACAAAAUUUCCCCUUAUUACCGCACCAAGCUCCGAGGGCUCUACACCACAGCCAAGGCUGACGCCGAGGCCGAGUGCAACGUUCUCCGGAGAGCUCUGGAUAAAAUCGCCGAGAUCAAAUCCCUGCUCGAGGAGCGCCGCAUCGCGGCAAAAAUCGCCGGGAUUUACAGCGAGGCAGAGCCGCCUAGGAAGACGAUGAGGAGGGGGGUGCUGAUGACGCUGCUGCAGCAGUCGGCGAUGACGCUGCCGCUGUGGAUUGGGAAGCCCGGAGAAAAGCCCCCUCCGCUGUGCGGCGCCGUCCCGGCCGCCGGGGACUACGUGGCCAAGCCCGGGGACAAAGUGGCCGCGCGGGUGAAGGCGCUGGAGGGCGACGAGCAGUGGAUCCUGGCCGAGGUGGUCAGCUACAGCCACGCCGCCAACAAAUAUGAAGUCGACGACAUCGAUGAGGAAGGGAAAGAGCGCCACACCCUGAGCCGCCGCCGCAUCAUCCCCCUGCCCCAGUGGAAAACCAACCCCGAGACGGAUCCCGAGGCUCUGUUCCACAAGGACCAGCUGGUGCUGGCCCUGUACCCGCAGACCACCUGCUUCUAUGUUGCCCUCAUCCACGCCCCACCCCAGCGCCCCCAGGACGAUUAUUCGGUGCUUUUUGAGGACACCUCCUACGCCGACGGUUACUCCCCGCCCCUGAACGUGGCCCAGCGCUACGUGGUGGCCUGCAAAGAGACCAAAAAAAAGUGAAUUUUUGAGAAAUAUGACCCAAAAUUUCAGAAAAAUUACCCAAAAUUUGAAAAGAGUGGCAUGGAUAUAGGGGGGAGGGGAAAAUGAGAUUUUUGAGGGGUAAAAAUGGGAUUUAA